GCCUAAGCAUUUUAAGUAACUAAGCUUUUAUUCUGAAAACAUCCUUUCCGGCGGCCAGGAAAAAAAAAGCACUUCCGGUCUGAGUGUGAAAGGCGGAACAGGCGCCGCUUGAAGCGGCCGUACGGAGGGAACAAAGGACGACUGAGUUAACCAAUAUGGAAAUAGGUUGCUCUCAGUAGCCCAAUCUCCAGCCACGAUGUCGAAACGACCAUCCUACGCCCCUCCCCCUCCCCCUGCCCCGACAACACAAAUGCCUUCCACCCCAGGGUUUGUGGGCUACAACCCUUACAGCCAUCUGGCCUACAACAACCUCCGGCUGGGAGGGAGCUCCGGAGGCUCCAGCAGGAACUCCUCAGGCAUCACCGUCCCAAAGCCGCCUAAACCUCCAGACAAGCCACUGAUGCCUUACAUGCGGUACAGCCGGAAGGUAAGCAGGAAGGUAUGGGACCAAGUGAAGGCAUCCAACCCGGACCUGAAGCUGUGGGAGAUUGGAAAGAUUAUCGGAGGGAUGUGGAGGGACCUGACUGAUGAGGAGAAACAGGACUACCUGAACGAGUAUGAGGCUGAGAAGAUCGAGUAUAACGACUCUUUAAAGGCGUACCACAACUCGCCAGCUUACCUGGCCUACGUCAACGCUAAGAACCGGGCUGAGGCUGCAAUGGAGGAGGAGAGCAGACAGAGGCAGAGUCGUAUGGACAAAGGGGAGCCGUACAUGAGCAUUCAGCCUGCUGAGGACCCUGAUGACUACGACGACGGUUUUUCAGUGAAGCACACAGCGGCCGCCCGCUUCCAGAGGAACCACCGGCUCAUCAGCGACAUCCUCAGUGAGAUCGUGGUGCCUGACGUCCGCUCCGUGGUCACCACAGCCCGCAUGCAGGUCCUCAAGAGGCAGGUCCAGUCUCUUAUGGUGCACCAGAGGAAGCUGGAGGCAGAACUUCUGCAGAUUGAGGAUCGCCACCAGGACAAGAAAAGGCGCUUCCUGGAGACCACUGACUCAUUCAACACUGAACUCAAGCGGCUGUGCAGUCAGAAGGUUGAGGUGGACAUGGAGAAGCUAGCAGCAGAGAUGGCUGCUGCCGAAGAGGCAGCCAGGCGCCGGGCAGAGGAGAGAGAGCGCGAGGCGGCCGAGCAGGCAGAGAAAGCUGCUCAGCAGGCUCAACAACAACAACAACAACAGCAACAACAACAACAACAACAGCAGCAGCAGCAGCAGCAGCAACAACAACAACAGCAGCAGCAACAGGAGGCUGCUGGGAACAAAGCUGCAGAGCAAAGCAGUGCUAAUGCUAGCAGCACAGCUAACCCCACCUCAGGGACCAAGGAGGAGGACAAACCCACACCAAUGGAGACAGACGAAGCGACGCCUGCAGAGCCUUCGUCAGACCCCCAACCUGCUCCCCCUCCUCCGUCUGACCCCCCCUCUUCUGCCUCUGAUAAAGCAACCCCUCCUCCUGAGCCCCCCAGGGAGAGCAGCACUCCUAACAGCAGUGCCCCCAGUGACGACGGCAGCAAUAGCAGCAACAGCAACAGCAACAGCAUGGCCCCUCCUCCCUCAGACGGCGCCACUGGAGUUGCGGCCCCAGCAGUCCCCGACCCCCCAGCCACCCAGGAAGCCAACUCCAGUGCAGCUAACCCUAAUGCGGCCGCAGCGCCUCCGCCUCCGCCUCCCCCUGCCUCAGAAGAACCAACCCCUCCCCCGCCGCCACUACUACCCCCCAGCCAGAGCAGUCAGCAGUAUGAUAUGUAACAGUGGUUGUAGCUGUAGAGGUUCCCCCUGCCCCUCCCCCCCCCCUGGCUGCAGCAGCAGUGGGCGUGGAACAAGUGUCUCUGUGAUAUGAGACGUGCUGAGUGGUUGAGGGUCUGAUGGUAUGGUCAAUAAAUACAUAUUUCAUCACCCAGCCUCACGUAGCUGGACCAAACAAGGAUUAGGACUCAAAUCUGCAUACGUUUCCUGUUUUUUAAAAUUUACCCAGCAUGCCUGGUUUUGCCAAUAAAUUGAAAUGUCACCAAAGAGUACAACAUUUGACCGAUUGAGUUUGUGCUCCAGCCAUUGUACAAGCCAGUCCUUGCCGUUUUUAGAAACUUUAUUAUAAAAUGGGCCAACAGUCAGCAGUAAUGCUGCUGGCUGAUUGGAUGUCACAUACAGGGAUCUAACUCAACACCUCCCAUCACUGUUACUGCUGUCUGCUACUAUUUAUUGUCCAAAAUCCAUCCGCUAAUCCUCACACACAUUUUCAGUCAUAUCAGUUUAUCAUUUAUGUAUAAAAUGUCAAAAACGUGUGAUUUGUGAAUGGCAAUUUCCCAGAGCUCAAGGUGACCUCUUAAAAUGUCCAAAACCCAAAGAUCUUCAGUUUACACUUGUAUAUGACAGAGAGCAGCAGCAGUCUCACAUCGAAGAGGCUGGAACUUAAGAGCGCUUUUUUCCUUUUCACUAUUUUUGCUCAAAAAAAUGAUGAAUUUGAAUUUGAUUAUUUUUCUGACGAUCAACUCGUUGUGAAAUCAACCCAUCGUCAAAGCUCUAAUUCCACAUCGCCGUGCUACUGUGUAAGCAGCCGCAGCACUGCUACUGUCUGAAGCAGUAGGAUUUCAGUGAUUUCAGGAGCCGCUGGCAGGGAGAGGUCACGCUGAGGGCCGUUUCCAUCUACAUACAUAGUUCAAAUGCAAACCUCAAAUAACUCCCACUGUGUAGACUUUGUACUGUUGGAUGUGGCUGAACUGUUUUGAGUUAACUUGUAUAUUUCUCAGUCUUGAUGUAUAAACCUUUAAAUCAGCCCUUAUAUUUUUCUCAAGGUCACAGCUGCAAAGGACCCCCCCCCAUAAAACCUCAGACUUUUUGUAGUUAAUCAGUUUGUGUAUUUGCAAAACUACUACUGUUACUUCUACUUUGUGUUUUUAGAGCUAUAGUGAAAACUUUUAGAUUAAUAUAAUCAAAUUCAGCCUUCGUAUGAAACCUGUGCUCUGGAGCAGGUUUCAGUUUGACUGGGGGAGGACACAUCUCGUGGUAGUAUGGAUGAAGACACAUUUUAACUGUGCACCCACCUUCUGCAUGCUGUACUAAAUACUAACCAUAAUCCUGCAAGCGUUUGAACAGUUAAGUCUUGGUCAGAGAGUUGAGGCUGCAGGAAGCUGUUUGAAACAUAAACAUUUAAGACGAAACACACAAUGUGCGCAAGAAACAACAAAAAAAAGGAAGUGGGCAUGUCUCAAAGGUGCUUUUCUUAAAAUCUGUGGAUACAAAAAAAAAAAAAGACUUGUGUCGAGUAUAAAAAGUUGACAUGGACGUUUGUUCCCCUGUCUUCACACCUAUGUAGAAAGAAGUCACACAUAAUCAGUUAGCAUUUAUCCUGUAAGAGCUUCUCUCCAAGUGGAGGCUGUUUUUUGUUUUUUAAAGACUUGCGUUGCUCCUUUAGGCUCCUUUUAUUCCUGUCGAAACCACAAGCAUUUAACUUGAGCAGAGAAAUGCACACGCUACUCUCAAAUGUAACCUCAGUCACUUGUGCAUUUAAAGGACUGUUUUCUUACUUGAAUUGGACUGUUUUUAGUAAUCUUAAUAAUUCUGUUUUUUGCAUCUUUCUUUUGUACUGUCUGAACUUAUCUAUCCAAAUAAAGAUGAUUUCUCAGUCUUUUGACCUCUUUUUAAAA